UUUCACGUACUAACCGUCAGCCGUCUGCAGAUCCGUUUGAGAGCGAAGAAGAAUGUCGAGCAAUCUCACCCGUCUAUUCUCGCCGCCUAGUCUCACCGCUCUAUCGGCGGUGAAUCGCGUCACUUCCACUUCGGUGAGUCGACUCGUCUCCUCCUCGGCGAAUCAACAACCUUCUCGAUUGGAGCAAGGUGUUCCCGGCGAGGAGCAACGAGAAGCUGGAAAAGGAAGUUUGCCGGAUCAACACGAGGCUGCCGGAGAUGAUCGAGAUAGUGAAGAUGAGGGAGCUGAUGUGAACAAAGCGACUGGCGAGGUCGGUGGACCUAAAGGUCCCGAGCCAACUCGCUAUGGCGAUUGGGAAAGAAACGGUCGGUGCUACGAUUUUUGAUAUUUCGAGGUUAGAUUCCGAAUAAGAUCUCAGGUGAUCCGAUUUCUGUAAUUCGAUUUCAUCGCCUUUGUUUCUUUAAUUCGAAUUAUAGUUUCGUUUUUUCUGUUGAUGGAUUGAUUUCGAGAUAGAAUGGAAAUUAGAAUAACGUUAUCCAGCUUUUCAAUAUUUCUUGAUUCUGGUUAUCUUCUUGC